GGCGUGACGUCACUUCCCAGUCAAACGUGGCUGCCGUGCCGAAAGGAGUGGCUGUUGAAUCUGUCAAAUUAUAUGGUUAUUUGGAAAUAUUAAUGACUUUUCCCAUCGGCUACGGCGCGAUAUAGUGAGAUUUGAUUAUUGUGUGUCAAGCAAAGUGAAACGAAGCCUCAAAAUAUGUCGUCUUCGGGUGAUUUCGGUAACCCGCUGCGAAAAUUCAAGCUCGUUUUUCUUGGUGAACAGAGCGUUGGUAAAACCUCCCUCAUCACAAGGUUUAUGUAUGAUAGCUUUGACAACACGUAUCAGGCGACGAUAGGAAUUGAUUUUUUGAGUAAAACUAUGUAUCUUGAAGAUCGAACAGUUAGACUGCAGCUGUGGGACACCGCCGGACAGGAGCGAUUCCGUUCCCUCAUUCCUAGUUAUAUUAGAGACUCGACUGUUGCUGUAGUGGUGUAUGACAUCACUAAUGCUAACUCCUUUCACCAAACAUCCAAAUGGAUCGACGAUGUUCGGACGGAACGAGGUAGCGACGUCAUCAUAAUGCUAGUAGGCAAUAAAACUGAUUUAAGUGACAAAAGACAAGUUUCCACAGAAGAGGGAGAACGAAAGGCAAAGGAACUAAACGUUAUGUUCAUUGAGACCAGUGCUAAAGCUGGCUACAAUGUGAAACAGUUGUUCAGAAGAGUGGCUGCAGCUUUGCCUGGUAUGGACUCCACUGAAAACAAACCACCAGAAGACAUGCAAGAGGUAGUUCUCAAGGACACGCCGAUCGAACUGAAGGCGUCGGAAGGUGGUUGUGCAUGCUAAGCCAACAUUGGUCCUAAUGCUGUUGACCUACAGAAUCAAUCACCGAUGCAGAAUGGUGGAGAGGCCGAAGGCGAAGGAGGAUGCAUUUGCUAGGGAGCUGAUUUACUGAUUCUUACCCAGAUAACAAGAAAAAAUAUAUACCUUACACCCGAAAAUGAACCAAAUCCUCAUCCGAAUGAACAGAGUGCUAGCUUAUUUCGAUGUGCAUAAUAAUAUUGAAUAUCACUUUGCCAUAGGAUUAUAUUUUUUUUUAAACUUUCUUCUCCUAACUUACAUUACGACGCGUAAUUCUGAACGAUACUAUGAAUUGUUUGUAUUUAAUUAUACAGACUUGAUCCAAGUUUCGAUAAAAGCAAAUAGAUAUUCCGAACUGGAAAUGCAAACAGUCUGGGAAGUAACUGAAGUAACUGAAUAUCUGCCGAAAUGUAUUAGCGAGCGUAGGAAAAUUAAUACUUAUAUUAGCAGUUUACCAUCCAGAGAAAAAUAAAUCAGCUUUUCUUCACACAUAUACUUAUCGAGGUAAUCUAGCACUUGAUGCGACCGAGAACGACACAAAGGAUGGGCCAAUUUUUCACAAUGUAGGGAAGAAAAAACAAAACUAGAUUAAAGCCGUUUCAGAAGUAUUUGAAAAUGUUGAAUUCCGCAGACCUAACGUGUCUCUAUAUGUGAUAAGGCUUUAAGAAUAUUACACUGUGCUUAUACACGUUCUCUCGUGAGUCUAUAUUGAAAUUAUUGUCUAAGCUAACGACACUCUCGUAGUGCCCUGACAAAGUCGAAGUUGAAAAAAAAGAAUAAAACAAAAAAGAGAGAAAAAUCUUGCAGCAAUAUUCUAAUAACAUAAUUAUUAUACGUCAAGCUGUAUUUAUACUUACAGAUUUCUAGUUAACUAAAAGAUUUCUAUGCAAUUAUCGUAUUCGCUGAACACACGCUUCUCUGUUAGUAUGUUUCAGCAUUCUAUCAGACACAAGAAAAAAAAUAAAUAAAAAAAAAUAAAAAACGCGUACAGCUGGUUUAUUCGAUCUCUAAGCGAAAAAUUAAGCUUUCAUUAUAUCCCAGAACUCUUUUAUUCAAUUCAAUUCCAACGAAUAGUAAUACAUUUUGAUUUUAAGAGUAAUAGCUUUCUUAUUCGGUAUUUGGUAAUGUUAGAUUAGCAUUUUGUUUUAUUUUUCACCAAUAAAUGCAUGUGAAAACGCAGAUGCAUCCUAAAACUUAUUUAUCCACAAUAACAUUAGUUCUUUAUGUAUAUUUAAUUGGGUUUGAACAAUCCUGUAGUCAACUAUUAACCAGAUCGUAUUUAAGAUUGUAUUCAGUUAUUAUUUUCACAUUAGGAAAAUCCUUAAAAUUAGAAGAGCUAUUAUUGGUCUUUGAGAUUGCUUAAAGUGUCUUCUAACAAGUAACUACGUUGACUUUAUUGAUUAACUUUUGUUAGUUUAAAUCAGUAGGGAAUACAUCACACUAGACGGCGCUCACUAAUGUAUUAAACGUUAUAUUGAUUGGUCGAUACAAACGUACUGUGUGGUUUUUGAAUCAUCCAGGAAAUGUUUGCAUUUUAAUUCACACGUUGUUCAGUAGUAGAACAAACCUUUUCUCUGCUCAAAUAACAUUUCUGUUCUACGGUAUUGUAAUAUUUUACGUAAUAACGUUUUGGCGACUUGUUUAAGUUUUGUUUCUUUCUUGAAAGUAAUAUCUGUGAUACGCAAAAUGUUUGAAACCUCCAAAAAUUUGAAAAUACGAUUGUGAGGGAAAUGGUUUCUACUGAAAAAUUAAUUCCAUUGCGAAUUAUUAAAAUGUUUGUGGUGCUUAUAAGUAGGAGUAAUUGCUUUAGUAUUUAUUGUUGGUUUCAAUAUGGUUUGAUAUAUUUAAGCAAGUCAGAAUUGUUACGAGUUCAAGAUGCGUCUUAUUUAUAGGUUUUUGUAAAAGAAUAUGCGCAAAGUUUCAAGGUAUUCCUAAUGAUUUGACUCAACAAUAGUUCGAUACACUUUAAAAGCGAUAUGGAGUAUUGUAAGCUUACUGCAAAGUAACUAUGAAACAAUAUAGUACGAAAAUAACAUUUCUAUUGGACUAAUGAUAUAGAUCUGCGUCGAUGGAUAAUGAUUUAAAAAAUUGACAUUAAAAGUGGAUAUCGUAUUUAUUAUUUAAUACAGAUUAGUAGUGAAAAAUGUUUAAACAUAAAAACAAUUGUUUGGCUUUGAGCUAUGUAGAACUGCAGUAGCUGGCAUAUGUAUGCCAAUAUUAUUAUUAAAAUGAUAUGUAGAAUAUAUAUUUAGGGACUGUUUACAUUUUUAAUAUUUGAUUCUGCAAGGAGACUAGACUGAUGUUCUUGGGAUUGGUAAACCUAAAUACCCAUCGAAAAAAGAUCAAUGCAGGUAGCUACAAAAAGAAGGUAUCGGGAGUGACUGAUAUGCAUCCAUCAUGCACAAGUAGAUGAUGAAUGUUAAAAAUGUGACAGAGACACAAACCACACUGCAAAUUUUGGUCCGGUAAUAAAUUCUUAGCGUCGGUGAAAUGGUCGAUGUUGUUAAACGAAGUCUUUUGUACCAUCUUAUACAUGCAGUUUUGUUUGUACGAAAACGCAUAUGAUAUUAAAUAAUUUUUGCAAUUUUGUUAUGACUAUAUAUGUGGCAACUAUGUUUAAAAUAGUAAAGCUUUAAAUGAACAAAUGAAUAAAGGUUUGUGUUCACCAA